AGGGAGAGCGGAGAGAACUGACGCACCGUGACCGGAGAGAAUAACGAGAAACACCGGUGGAUUCACUGCUUACAAGACACCAACGAGAAGGUCAGGCUCCACGGCCGCUGCACGGAGCUCUCCGGUUCAGGUUUGAAAGUCGCUCAGGCUAAAGGAUUGACGCAACGAUGGCUAGCCAGGCUGACCUGAUGGAGCUGGACAUGGCCAUGGAGCAGGACCGUAAGGCUGCAGUGAGCCACUGGCAGCAGCAGUCCUACCUGGAUUCAGGGAUUCACUCGGGCGCCACCACCACUGCGCCCUCGCUCUCAGGCAAAGGAAACCCAGAGGAAGAGGAUCUGGACAACCAGGUGCUGUACGAGUGGGAGCAGGGCUUCAGCCAGCCCUUCACACCUGAGCAGGUGGCAGAUCUGGACGGGCAGUAUGCCAUGACGCGGGCGCAGAGGGUUCGAGCCGCCAUGUUCCCAGAGACUCUGGAUGAGAGCGUCCCGAUGGCCUCCACCCAGUUCGACUCUGCUCAUCCAACAAACGUACAGCGUCUGGCGGAGCCGUCGCAGAUGCUGAAGCAUGCGGUGGUCAACCUCAUCAACUACCAGGACGAUGCAGAGCUCGCCACCAGAGCCAUUCCAGAGCUCACCAAACUGCUGAACGACGAGGACCAGGUGGUGGUGAAUAAAGCCGCAGUGAUGGUGCACCAGCUCUCCAAGAAGGAGGCGUCCCGCCAUGCCAUCAUGCGCUCUCCACAGAUGGUGUCGGCCAUCGUGAGGACCAUGCAGAACACCAACGAUGUGGAGACGGCCCGCUGCACCGCCGGCACACUGCACAACCUGUCCCACCACAGAGAGGGGCUGCUGGCCAUCUUCAAGAGCGGAGGGAUCCCGGCCCUCGUCAAGAUGCUCGGGUCUCCUGUGGACAGUGUGCUGUUUUACGCCAUCACCACCCUCCACAACCUCCUGCUGCAUCAGGAAGGGGCCAAGAUGGCUGUGCGUCUGGCUGGAGGUCUGCAGAAGAUGGUGGCGCUGCUCAACAAAACCAACGUCAAGUUCCUCGCCAUCACCACAGACUGCCUGCAGAUCCUGGCCUACGGCAACCAGGAGAGCAAGCUGAUCAUCCUGGCCAGUGGAGGACCGCAGGCUCUUGUCAACAUCAUGAGGACUUACAACUAUGAGAAGCUGCUGUGGACCACCAGUCGUGUGCUGAAAGUGCUGUCCGUCUGCUCCAGCAACAAACCUGCCAUCGUGGAGGCUGGUGGUAUGCAGGCUCUUGGCCUUCACCUGACAGACCCCAGUCAGCGUCUGGUUCAGAACUGCCUCUGGACCCUCAGAAACCUGUCAGAUGCUGCCACAAAGCAGGAGGGCAUGGAGGGUCUGCUGGGGACGCUGGUGCAGCUGCUGGCGUCUGAUGACAUUAACGUGGUGACCUGCGCCGCCGGCAUCCUCUCCAACCUCACCUGCAACAACUACAAGAACAAGAUGAUGGUGUGUCAGGUGGGUGGCAUCGAGUCGCUGGUGCGGACCGUGCUCAGAGCGGGAGACCGAGAGGACAUCACGGAGCCGGCGGUGUGCGCGCUGCGACACCUCACCUCCAGACACCAGGACGCAGAGAUGGCCCAGAAUGCAGUGCGGCUCCACUAUGGCCUGCCAGUGGUGGUCAAGCUGCUCCACCCGCCCUCACACUGGCCGCUCAUUAAGGCCACUGUGGGUCUGAUCCGGAACCUGGCUCUGUGUCCGGCCAAUCACGCGCCGCUCCGCGAGCAGGGCGCCAUCCCUCGCCUGGUGCAGCUGCUGGUGCGGGCGCAUCAGGACACACAGAGGCGCACCUCCAUGGGCGGCACACAGCAGCAGUUCGUGGAGGGCGUGCGCAUGGAGGAGAUCGUAGAGGGCUGCACCGGUGCUCUUCAUAUCCUGGCCAGAGACGUUCACAACCGCAUCGUCAUCAGAGGACUCAACACCAUCCCUCUGUUCGUACAGCUGCUGUAUUCCCCCAUCGAGAACAUCCAGCGUGUAGCAGCGGGCGUCCUCUGUGAGCUGGCGCAGGAUAAGGAGGCGGCGGAGGCCAUCGAGGCUGAAGGAGCCACAGCUCCACUCACUGAACUGCUGCACUCCAGGAACGAGGGCGUGGCCACAUACGCCGCAGCCGUGCUCUUCCGCAUGUCUGAGGACAAACCACAGGACUAUAAGAAGCGUCUGUCAGUGGAGCUCACCAGCUCACUCUUCAGAACCGAGCCCAUGGCCUGGAAUGAGACUGCUGAUCUAGGUCUGGAUAUCGGUGCUCCAGGAGAGACACUCGCAUACAGAGCAGACGAGCCCAGUUACCGCUCCUUCCACUCGGGCUAUGCUGCAGAGGCUCUGGGCAUGGAGGGUCUGCUGGAGCAGGAGAUGUCGCAUCACCCCGGGGCAGAGUUCCCUGUGGAGGCGCUGCCGGAUCUGGCCCACGCUCAGGAUCUGAUGGACGGCCUGCCCAACACUGACUCCAAUCAGCUGGCCUGGUUCGACACGGACCUGUAGAGAGCUGCUGAGCGAAGGACAGCUGAAUGAAGAGAGAAUCUGUAUGGUGAAGGAAGGUUUGAGGAUGAGCUGGAGGUUCAGAAAGUGCCUGAUGAGUGCGUACACACACACACACACACACACACACACACACAGGAGGACAGCUGGACGGACGGCUGUAGUGUAGUCCAGAUGGAGCAGUGGGACGCGGUUGCGGACGAACACACGGACUCUCGGUCUGAAGACGGAACUCUUUUACUCUUUAUUUUCAUCCUCUUCGGUUAUUCCUCCUCCUCCUCCUCCUCAUGGUACUGACCCGAGCUUUGUUUUUAUCCUGCUCUUUUCUUUGUUUGUGUAGUGUUUAGUAGCGUCUCUCCUCAUGGGUCGGUCACUGAUGUACAACACUAAUCUGAGUUCUGUCUGAUCGGGCCGAACGCAGAAUAUCGAGUAGCUUUUCUAUGCGGGGUUAAACGGUGGUUAUUGAGUACAGAACCUAUAUUAUAUGCAUUGUGGAGGUGUUCUGGGUGUGUUCUGGGUGAGUGGGGGGGGUAGAUUACUGGGUCAAACACACACACACACACACACACACACACAGAUCUUUUCUAUGAUGAUAUGAGGAGCGAUGGCGCUUCUUCUGGGAACACGGAGGAGGACGAGGCUGAUCAAUAAGAGACUUUAUUCCAUUUGUCCACUGGUGCCAUGCUCAGAGUUUUAGGCCUGCUGGAUGUUUUCUGUCGUCAUGUUUUAGUUGUGCUUUUUAAACCGCUAUACGCAUUUAUCUUUUACAUUUUAUUUAGGAUUCUUCACCUCUUUGUUGUUGGUCCAGUAGAGCUCCAUUAUUCCUGUAUAAUUUAAGCCUUUUUCUUAGUUGUAGACACACUGUGGUCAGCUCUGUCAGCUCCAUGCUGGAGUUUAUAAGACAACAGUAAAGGAUAUUAUGACUUUCUACAUGUUGACUUUCUUGUAUCUGUAAAGGUUUCUUUCCCUCCUGAAUAAUGAGGGGGAAGUAGAGCUGGCAGACGAUUAACCACAUGCAGAAUAAAGUUUGUAUUUACAUAA